GGGGGCCUCACACGGACUCUGACCGGCGUGCAGCACACUUAGGGCUGGCCUGGCUGCCGUCAUGUCCAGCUCGGCACCGCAGCCGCCGUGGGCGGACUACGACGAGGACGACGUGCUGGCCGACGAAGAUGACACCUGCCAGCUGGAGAAGCGCAUGUCGGAUCGCAGGAGGGCCCGGUCUCUGCCGGCGUGCCCGGCGGCACUGCUGGCCGCCGUGGCCAGGAGUAACGGGCCGAAGCGGGUGAAGUUCGCAGACUCGAUGGGCUUGAGUCUGGCCAGCGUCAAACACUUCAGCUCGCUGGAGGAGCCGCACGUGCCCAGCAAGGUCUUUUCUCGUCACGCCAGCUUCCCUCCCCAAGGAGACCUGCUGGGGGUGCUGGACCACCACUUUGACAUGCCGGAACCUCACGACCCGGACGGCCGCGUCCGGCGUCUGCGCGUGUGCUUGGAGCAGCUCUCUGUCACGCAGUUCGACGUGCGCGGCCACGUACGCGUGCUGAGCGGCGGCGCCCACACAGAGGUCGGGGUCCGCUACACCUUCAACGACUGGCUCUCGCACGUGGACGCGCAGGCUCUGCUGGAGGAAGCAGAUCUUCCUGGCGGCACGGGCGCACGCUACGGCUUCACCAUGUACGCGCCGCCCUUCAUGGAGCCCGGCUCGGCGGUCCACUUCGCCGUGUACCUGCGGGGCGAGGAGGGAGAGUUCUGGGACAACAACGACGGCCGGAACUUCACGCUGCGGUACCGAGGUUUGCACGAGCACUUUGUCUGCGCCCCCUGAACUACACUUGGCGCCGUGAUGUCACCGCGUCGGAGGUGAUGCCAACUGGCCACUCAAUAAGCCGUGACGACCAGCUGAAAUAAAAGUCAUCUGUGGAUGUGAGCCACGCGGUUCUGUUCUGGUCUGUGAGAACGAGCAUGCAGCAGGAUGAAUUGCAAUGGUUAAACAUUUCUUAAAGCGGGUCUGCGUCACACAAAGUCCUGCAAAAGAGGUCCAUCGUGACCAAAGUGACCUUUCGUGUUUGGUCAGUCAAUACUAGCGACUGAUGUGCAUUCCAGAGCAUUAGGGGUUAGGAAAUGUCCGACUUGGACUCAUCACUUAGGUUCACAUCAUAAAUGGUGAAAGUAAACAAAAACAUGGCUGACCUCAAUAAGCCUGUUGUUUCGUAUGAUGCCAAAAAGUCACAUUGGCACCUUGUCCAAAGUUGCCAAAUUGCCUUCUUUCAGUUUAUUAAAGGGGAAGUGCACUUUUUUGGAAUGUUGUCUAUCAUUCACAACCCCUACAUAAGACAAGAACACAUAGAAUGCAUAAAGGGAGUAAAACCUAAGUCAUAAAUAAACUAGGGAUAGCCGAUAAUAUCGGACUGCCGAUAUUAUCGGCCGAUAAAUGCUUUAAAAUGUAAUAUCGGAAAUUAUUGGUAUCGGUUUCAAAAAGUAAAAUUUAUGACUUUUCAAAACACCGCAGUGUACACGGACGUAGAGAGAAGUACAGAGCGCCAAUAAACCUUAAAGGCACUUACUUCCUUUGCGUGCCGGCCCAGUCACAUAAUAUCUACGGCUUUUUACACACACAAGUGAAUGCAAUGCAUACUUGGUCAACAGCCAUACAGGUCACACCGAGGGUGGCCGUAUAAACAACUUUAACACUGUUACAAAUAUGCGCCACACUGUGAACUCACACCAAACAAGAAUGACAAACACAUCCGCACCGUAACACAACAUAAACUCAACAGAACAAACACCCAGAACCCCUUUCAGCACUAACUCUUCCGGGACGCUACAAUACCCCCGACCCCCACCAACCACGCCCACCUAAAAAAAAUAAUGCACUUUGUGACUUCAAUAAUAAAUAUGGCAGUGCCAUGUUGGCAUUUUUUUCCAUAACUUGAGUUGAUUUAUUUUGGAAAACCUUGUUACAUUGUUUAAUGCAUCCAGCGGGGCAUCACAACACAAUUAGGCAUAAUAAUGUGUUAAUUCCACGACUGUAUAUAUCGGUAGAUAUCGGAAUCGGUAAUUAAGAGUUGGACAAUAUCGGGAUAUCGGAUAUCGGCAAAAAAGCCAAUAUCGGACAUCUCUACUCUUUAUAAAUUCUAAGUCAUAAAUAAACGCUAGCAAAAGUCAGCUAACAAUAGAGCUUAUGGGAUUCAUGACAUCAUUGCAUCUAAAGCCCCAAAACCACCAACAAUACUUAGUUUACAUCUCGUGACCUGAAUGGUUACCAAAUAUUAGCAAUGUUGUUAUUAUAAGCGCUAAUGUUAAAGGGACUAAUUUUAGUGGCGCAGUGACCACAGAGCGCUAACUAGCUUAUGCUGCGAUAUUGACUUAUUGAGUUGCUGCUUCGCCUUAUUUGGUAAACCUUAAUUCUAGAU